UUUUUCUUUUUUUUUUCGCGAAAGAGAAAGAAAAUAGAAAUACAAUUUGCCUGCGAGAAACAGAACUUUCAGACAGAAACGAUCGUUCUCCUUCGUCGAUUGUUUCUAGGGUUUCAGAUUACAGUAGUAUCAAUGGAUAUUACAACAGCAAACGAUCCGAUGAUCGACACUAACAACGACGAAGAAUCUACACUGCUAACUAUCCUCGACGCCUCCAGCUAUCAGCUCCAUGAUCUCGACUCAAUCGAGUUCCCGCCGACCCUCACCGAGAUUGAUUUGACGGCCAAUCGAUUGACUAAGUUGGAUUCGCGUAUUUCUCAUUUAUCUAAUCUCAAAAAGCUCUCUCUUCGACAGAACCUCUUCAAUGAUUCCGGUGUUGAGCCGAUUUCGCAGUGGAACACCAUAUCCGGCCUCGAGGAGUUAGUUCUCAGGGAUAACCAACUAAAGAAAAUACCCGAUGUCAGCAUAUUCAAAACCCUCUUAAUAUUUGAUGUUUCAUUCAAUGAAAUCACAUCAAUGAAUGGAUUAUCCAAUGCAUCAAGCACACUCAAGGAACUUUAUGUCUCUAAAAACGAAGUUCCCAAGAUCGAGGAGAUUGAACAUUUCCAUGAACUACAAAUUCUUGAACUUGGUUCAAACAGAUUACGUGUGAUUGAGAACCUACAGAAUCUGACAAAGUUACAAGAGCUAUGGUUAGGUCGCAAUCGUAUAAAAUCCAUUGAUUUAUGUGGAUUAAAAUGCAUUAAGAAGCUCAGUUUGCAAAGCAAUCGACUAACUUCCAUGAAAGGAUUAGAGGAAUGUAUUGCUUUAGAAGAAGUAUACUUGAGCCACAAUGGUAUUGCAAAAAUGGAAGGCCUCUCAACUUUAUCUAAUCUUCGGGUGUUGGAUGUUUCUUCAAAUAAGCUUGCAGCCAUUGAAGACAUUGAGAAACUCACCUGUUUAGAAGAUUUAUGGUUCAAUGACAACCAAUUAGCAUCAUUGGAUGGCAUUGCUGAGGCAGUUUCUGGUUCUAGAGAAAAGCUAACCACCAUUUACCUUGAGCAUAAUCCAUGUGCAAAAUUGUCUGACUACUUGACUACACUGAGACAAAUCUUCCCGAAUAUCGAGCAAAUUGAUUCAGAAGUGUUUGCUUAAUUUAGAAAGAAUUGUCUGGAUGGAUUAAGAUUAAAUCCUCUUUUUUCUUCAUCUCUUAUUGAUCAACAUGACAAUCGUGUUUGUGUGUGUGUGUGUGAAUUUCUCAUGUUAAUUGGUUGUAUGAUUACCAUGAGAUCAUUUGUACAAGUACUUUAAGGUGAUCCUCACAUAACUUAAAAGAGUACAUUACCAAAAAAAACUAUUUGUAUUUUUGGUACAAAAGAGUUUUGUUUAGAGUAAAUAACAGUUUUGGUCCA